UUAGUUUUGUUUGUUUUUGGGUUUCGGAUUUGGACGAGGAGGAGAAGGAAGCAAUGGGGUCGACAGGAGGAUGAAGGAGACCAUCAGCUUCGACCAGGCCGAGGGGAGAUCGAUGAUUCUCUAGGAUUGAAGAAACUAGGUGAUAUCCCUCUAAAUCUAGAUCUUUUUUGCUCGAUCGGCUGCUAAGAACCUAUGAUUUAAUUAUUUAGCUAAAAAAAUAGUUUUAUUGGGAUGCCUUGAAAAUUAAUUGCUUUGUUGGACAUAGCUACUGCUCAUGACCAUCAGCUUGAUGGGAAGCUUCUAUACGAAUUUGGGCCAUAGCCACUGCUCAUGACCAUCGAAUUGAUGGGAAGCUUCAAAUGUGGAUUUGGGUUUUGAUAAAAA